UUAAAUGCAAGCAUGCUCAAACUUUUGGCCAGCGGAACGAUGAAGCCGGUGACUAGCACAGAGUCGAGGGGGGGCACUCUCUCGCGUACUCCGUCGUCUUAUCUCCAAAGGCGGUAUUGCUGCCGAAGAAGCUCCAGCUCAUAAACGAAUGCCAAUUUAGAAGGUUGAAAUGAAGGUAUACAUUUCUCAAGCUGCUGCAACUGUUAAAUGCCUCCCCGCCUAUCUUAUUGAAUGGCAAUACAAUACAUACGCACUCUUGACCAUCCAUGGCUACCUAAUCGCUCACUGCCAUGGCAGGUCUACGUCGUACAGAGCACCUGGCACAGCAUGGCCCAAGACAUGGGAAAACAAGGGUCAUGUUCAAUGGCGAGCUGAUCUGUUGCCGCUGCAGGAGCGCAAACAAGCAUCAUGGUUCGCGCUGCUCAUGCGCUCAUUCGAACGCUGGCCUUGGCCGUUUGGCGCACAGUAUGGAGCGAUGUUGUACCUGCAGAAAUCACAACAGGGGUUGGCUAGUCUUGCGUCCGGGAUGGUUCGUGGACCCCUCCAUCUUGGGCAUUCUAAGAGGUGGAUGAAACUGGCGCGACAUGCAUCUCCACCCAGACAUCCACUCAGGAACCCCCUAGAUGGACAUCCAUUCUGGACGCAAUUUCCCGGGGUAUCCAAUGGGAGGGAGCGAGGCGAGCGCUCGCAAAGAGCUCACGGUCGAUGUUGAUAUGCCUAUUAAUAUGAGGCCACGCUCGGUCGAGCAUCAUCUUCUUUUUUCCCUUCUUUUCUCUCCAGCCCACUAAGCAUAAUCGCCAGCUCGCUCUUGACUUCGGUCGUC